GACGUUUCGGCUGCUUCUACUGAAACUAAUUAGUGUGAGAAAAAUGGAGAUCGGCACGGAAAUAAGCCACAAAAUAAGGUCUGCAAUAAAGUCAAAACUAAUGGAACUUGGAGCAUAUGUGGAUGAGGAACUGCCAGAUUACAUCAUGGUCAUGGUUGCUAACAAGAAAAGCCAGGCUGCCAUGACAGAAGACUUGAACCUUUUUCUGGGAGCAAACACAGAAAAGUUUACUUUAUGGUUACAGAACCUUCUGGUCAGGUUGCAGUCUAUUUCAGUGUCAUCAAAAAAGAAAGAAGCUGUAGAGAAGUCUGCAAAGGCUGUAAAAGAAACAACAGAAAAGGUCACAGACAAAAAGAGUACCAAGUCAAUUCAUAGGAAAUCAACAGAAAAAGCAGAGAAAACCUCACCGCCUGCUAAAGUCAAAGAAACAGUGAGUAAACCUCACAAACCAUCACAGGUUAUGAGGGAAACUUCACGAGAAAAAGGCCCUGCAGUUUCUGUAAGUACAACUGCUCACAAGUCACACAAGGCCACUCCCAAGACAGUGGCUAAGUCUGAAGUGGCUGAAGGGACUGACAGUGAAACGCAGAAGAGCUCUCAGUCCAGUAAGUCCAAACCUCUUGAGGCACAGGCAUUAACAAAAGUGACUAAAACUUCCCAAGAUGAAGCUGAGGAACAUGUAAUUGAGGAUCAUGCAACUGGUGAGACACACAGUGAGGAAGAGGGUAAGGAGGAGACAGAGGUUACCACGGCAACAAAGGUCUCACAAGAAGACGAGGAGCCAGAGUUCACUGUCAAAGCUGAAUAUGAUGAAUUCAGUGAAGAGUUUUCACAAGAGGCAGAGAGGGCAGCACAGGCAGAGGAGGCCAAGAAACAGGCGUCCAAGGGGAGGCCAGCUACCAUGAGCAGCCCAAAGAGUAAUCUCCCUUCACUAGAGGAGUCUGCUCAGGUUACCAGGCGAUCAACUACAGUGUUUGCUCGGAUAACACCCUUGGUCCCCACUACAAAGCCUACAGAGGCUGUGGUGGUCAGGUCUGUUCCACUCUCAUCCCGUCUAGGUGCCAUGACGGAUAUGUCCAAAGCUCCUUUGUCUAGUCGUGUUGCAAGCUCCAGCAGGAAGGUGUCCAUACAAGACGAGGAUCAAGUUUACCAAGUACCCAGCAGGGAUCCUCCCAGAAGGGCUAUAACCGGCUCCAGCACAGCGAUCAAGAGAAGGAUGCCGGGCUCUGUACUGGGAACAGUGAAGACUCGCCGAAUGGUCGAGGAGACUGAGGAGGAGGAGGAGUAUGACCCAUUGAACCCCGCUGUCGGCAGUGUUGCCAGUGUUGUCAAGGUCAGCGCCAGAAGAUCCAGUGUGCCUCGCAAUCUGCAGGCAAACAAGUCUCUGCUGAUGAGGGCAGUGGAUGAGGCAACUAAGUCUGUGAGCAGAAACAAGGCUGUGGUAUCUGGCAGUGCAUACAUACCUGUUGGCCGAAUGGUAGAACGAGUGACGGCUAAAUCAAGGUCGCUGUUCACGCGGUCCAAGCAUGACGAGAUCAUGAGGUCACUGAAGCGUGAAGUAUUGCAGCAGCCCCCUGCUCCUGUAGACCCUGAACACCUUAGCGAGGAGGGCAGUGCUGGCGAGGAGCCAGAAAUGGACACUGCAGAGCAGCAUGUCUUGGUGAAGCAAGUAUCUGGCAAAACACCAGAGGUCAGAGUGGAGGAUGUGAUGGAGGAGAAUGAUUAUCCCACUGAUUAUAACGACAGCAGGCUGGUAGAUGUCGCGUAUGUUUACAAACAGGAAGCUGGUGAAGAGGUGGUGGAGAUGGUUGAAGGUGGAGACCUCCUACAGGUACAGAAUGAUCAAGAGCUGUCAGGCCAUAUGGAAACAGAAGGAGACGAAGUGGAGGAGGAGCUGUUUCUAGUCAAGGCGGAGCCUGUCAUUGUCAAGGCCAGACAGAAGGAACCUGUCGUUACUUACACGCCCACUCAGUUGGUUCCACCCAGAGCUGAGGUAGAACCUUCUCAGAGGGAGCAAGCCAAAGUUUCUGCCCAAUCUGUUAAAAGGUUCGUCCAGCAAGAUAAAACUGCAGAGGAGAUAGAUAAAACAAGGUUUAUUGUCACGCUGGACGGGGUUGAUCCCCUCAAGUUUGAAGCCAAAGAUCCACCCACAGAUGUGGAUGACAGUAGCUCUGUGUCCAGUGUCAGUAAUGUGGGCAGUGUUGUCCCCAUCGUUCAUGUGCUGCCAAAGAGGCAGAAAGUGGAGACCGUGUCCAUCAACCUCACAGGAUCAGAUGCUGAAAAUGAUGACGAGGAGGAUUCUUCCAUGGCUGUUACAAGUAACAAGAAAACAGAGAAGUGUAAAUUCUGGCCUGCCUGUGCUAAUGGGAAUCAGUGCUCGUAUCAUCAUCCCUGCACACCUUGUCGCUCAUUCCCUAACUGUAAGUUUGGGGACAAAUGUCUCUAUAUACACCCCAACUGUAAGUAUGAUGCCAAGUGUACCAAACCUGACUGUCCCUUCACCCACGCCAGCAAGAGGCCCGCGGGUAUAAGGCAGGCUGUACCACAAUACAUUUCCCUGCCCCCUCAGGCGACGGCUGUGUUGUACCCAGUGGCUGCGCCUAACCCUAUCAGACCAGCUGUCAACCCCACCAAACCCAAGUGUAAAUUCUUCCCCAAGUGUACCAAUAUGAGUUGUCCCUUCUCACACCCUAAGCCAUGCCGUUAUGGCCUGUCAUGUGCUGUCAAAGCCACCUGCCCUUUCCACCACCCUGCUCUACCCGGUAAAGACCAGUUCAGGUGGUCAUCUUCGGGGACUGCACCAAAGGCAGAGCACAUUAGCGAUCGCAAAUUUGAUGAAGGAUCAGUCAAUCCCGUGACCGUUUCCAGGACGACUAAAGCAUGAGUCAUUGACAACACGGAAUCAGUCUUCGUUGAAGUCACCCAUGGUCGUGUACGGUGUAUGUCAAGUCACUUCUAUGCCCACCUUGUGUGGGCAACAGGUUGAUGAUCUUCUGUUCACCCUGAAAAUAUGAAUUUCUGUUUUAUUGUAACUUAAUUGUUAUAUUGUCAGGUUUGGAAUCUGUAUUAUGUUUAGGUUAAUUAAAGAAAAAUGACAUGAUCAGCUAAACAAUGAUAAAAGGUGGGUGAUUUCAUAAGCUGGUCACCAGCUUGCUGGGUAAUACAUGACCAAGUAUAAUAUAUGUAGUCAAUUGCCUUAAACGUAAAUUCAUCCAAAUUACCUGUGAAUGCCAACAGCUAGAAAAUCUAUCUGCUUGUCUUUGUUUUAUUUGAUUGUUAAUGCCUAAACAGUUUGUCUGUUGUGAGCUCAUCAUGUUCGAAUAAAAAUUUUUGACUGAAGUAUGUCAGUUUUCAGGCAAGGAAGGUUGUCGAGUUGCCUUGUUGGAUUGAGAUAUAUGGUGGACACCAUGUACAAUCUGUUGAUAAGUUUGGGAAGACAUUCCUACCAAAUCUUCAGAUAUGUGACAGAAAGGGUCAUAGGUUAUGCUGGUUAGGACGGUGUUUAGUAAACUGCCACAUAUUUUUUGGGAUUUUGCUUUUCUUGAUGUGAACUGUAUUUCGGUUUUAAUUGUUACUUUCUUCAGUACUUUAGACAAAUCGUGAUCAUAAUUGUUCGUUGAACAUUUUUUGUGGAGCCUACAGGAUUAUGCUGAACAGUAAAAUGGGUGAUUUCACCACUGUACUUCCAUUUGUAGCAAACUUAAAACAUUUUUGAAUGAAGGGCUAUCUACAUAAUCUACUUAAUUCUCAUGAAAUGAAAUGACCUGUGUCAAGUAUAUGUUUGUUUAUUAUGUUUCAUCAACUGUAUUGGAUACCGUACCAUUUGUUGAGAACAAAACUGAUGCCAGUUAAAUAAAUGUGA